UCCAAAGAACGUCAUUAAAUUCUCCAAAUUAUUUUCUCGAAUUUAUCGAAAUUUAUAAAUUCGCGGAUACUUCGGCCCCAAAAACCCAAUUGCACACCACUUAUGUGCAUUUCCAAAUAGCCCACGUAAUUUCCGGCUGUCCCUGGACCGGAAGGUCAUCAACUCCUUCGCAAACACUCAGUAAAACCCCCCAAUAACCUUUCCAAACUCUCCUCCGUAUAAAGACUACUGGAAAGAACUGCCUCACCCGCAGUUGAAUUUCCCAUCGUCUGACCUGGAUCCGGUCGCUCUCACCCAACAUCAAAAAUGCAGAUUCCAAAAUUCUUGUACCUGGCUGUCUUCAUCGGUAUAAUCACAGCAGCCCCAGCACCGGACUCGGGGUCAAUAACCUUUCCCGGUGCAUCAUCAGACGACUUUUACGACGAUGGGCCGUCAUCCCGCCACUUGUUUGGCCGGCGAAAGAAGAAGAGGCCGCAUUACAAUCACUUCUUGGGAGGUCAGGGCUGUCGGGGUCACGGCUGCGACGGUGGCUACGGGUGGCAGCGGCCGGGACACGGGGGUUAUUACCCGCAAAAUCAGGUUGGUGGAAGUUCCUUAGCGAUGGCAUCCGCAGGAUCCACAGGACCACUUGGCAAUGCGCCGAGUCAGGCCAAUGCCCAGAGUGCGAGUUUUAAAUUUGGGCCUUAUUCGGCGACUUUCAGCGUCGCACAAGCCUCCUCCGGCGGUGGUGGAGGAUAUGGAGGACCAGAUUAUUUUGAUUACUGAAGUAGCUGAAGGAACCCCUAACUCCACAUUCUCAUCAUCCCUAAUUUAUAUCCCAUCAUCAACACCAUUACUGUCACAAUAAAAUGAUUUAAAGCCCCGAAAAGUCUCA